AUGCGCAACUUUUCCCGCCUUCUCGGAGGCCUUGCACUUUCGACGGUUCCCAGCUUCGCCGCCAUUGCCAGUAGGGAGUUGAAGUGGAAUAAUUGCGGUAGCGCUGUCACGUUCCAUUCCUUCACUAUCUCGCGCGACCCAAUUCCGGGCGGGGCGUCCGUCACUGUGAACUUCAUUGCAACUCUCGAGCGCACUUUGCAGCUUGGACAGUCCGCGGAGGCUUCCAUCGUGGACCGAUGGGGUCAAGAAGUCGCAAAGCUCUCUGUUGACCCCUGCAAAUUAAGUGAGAACAACCUCGAUACCCCGCUCUCCUGCCCGCUUGAGCCCGGGACCUAUCAUUAUAGACAAAAUGUGAUAUUCCCCUCCUACGCCCCACCUGAUACGUCCCGAUCUGUGUUGCAUUAA